CAUUGUUGUGAAGCGACAGCGGUGAGUAGGGAGUCCGACUGCCAACAGAGCAUUGCUACGAAUCCCGAGAGCUGCUAACUGAGACUUUGCCGGACUGAUUUUAAAACUCACUUAGCUCAUUCGGUGUGGCAAACCAUCCAGGAACUGCUUGGGUUCAAGAAGACUGAAUCGCUUUGCGCGUGAACAUUACCAAGGUGGUCUCUCACAGCCUUGCUCUUGGGUCCCUCAUUCAUAGCCUCAGAGGCGCUUUGGAGGGUCGCACUAACGUUUCAUCGGACGACUUCUGUACCGUUUACAUUAGUUUUUAACUCUCGUGGAAACGUUCUAUGUGCGUUCAAUGGACUAGAAACAUCAAAACAGAUUUUUAUUUUUCACAUAUUUUUCUUCAUGUGGAUUAAGCCGGGUAUUUUGCUUCGUGAGCACUCGUGUCGAGUCGAGGAAACAGCGCUUUAUCCGGCGUCAAGAAUCUAAUCAAGUGAGGAGUUGGACUUUGCGCACUGUAUCAAGGAUCAGUUCAAUCUGGCGUCUGGACACUAAAGUCCUCAAUAUUGUUUUCUUAUUAAUGGAUCUAUAUGUUCGCCACUGAAGUGACUUCACUUUCACAAAGACUUGGAAAUAAAAUCGUACCUCGGACCAAUGGCUAAUUUUUGCAAAGAACACUAAUCGAAUUUCGCCAAGGAUUAUAACAGCACUGAACGAAAAUACGGUGAUUGGGGUUGCGAGGCACUGGGCUUGCCAAUGCCGUACACCAGCUGCUGAGGGUUCCUCAGGCCAGCUCUGACCUCCCCUGCACCCCCAUCAGAGAACAAGCAAGAGAAGACCCAUCCAGUCUGCAAGAUGGCUUAUCUCCACAAGGUCCUCAUACUGAUCGUCUGUGUGGUGGACUACUCCUGGGGAAGGGCUGUCACAACAGAAGAGAUUCAAACCAAAGACCUCCGUGUACACCGUCCACCUCUCGUGCCUGGGUUCCCAGAGAACACCACGGCCGUGGUGGGGGGGAAUGUGAAGCUGGUGUGUAAGGUUCACAGGCCGGCCUCCACGCGCAUCCAGUGGCUCAAGAAGGACGAUGGCCUCCUGGGAGCUGAUGGCCAACCUCAUCUGCGCACUCUAACGCCUAUUCAAGGUAACAUAUCCAAGGUGAACGUCCUGGCUCUCAACAAUGUGUCAUUGGAGAGUACAGGAGAGUAUGUGUGCAAGGCAGAGACUUCCUCUGGGCAGUACAUGCAGUCAGCCUGGCUAGAAGUUUACCCAGAGGAACUUCUGUCUCGUUCUCUGAUGCCAAAUGCCCGUCUGGAAACAGCAGAAGAUGUUUCCGAGGACCAGCUGGACGACGUGUCCGAGCACCUGCUGCUGGAACCAGGUGAUGUGCUGAAGCUGCGCUGUGAUGGCGGUCGCCGGGGGUCAGUGCUUUGGUACAAGGGCGAUGCCCGCGUGCAGCACAGCACACGGAUCCACAUCCGUGCUGGCGUCAUGGAGAUCGUCGACAUCACCUACGAUGACUCAGGAGUGUACGCGUGCAUGCUGCGAGGCUCGCGGGAGAUGCUGCGUAACUUCACUAUCAUGGUGGCAGACUCCCUUGGCUCUGGUGAUGAUGAUGAGGACAAUGGCCUGGAUGACAUGCUGACAGAGUCUGAGAACGACCAGGUGUACUUUAGUAGAGGACCCUACUGGACGCACACUCAGCGCAUGGAGAAGAAGCUCUACGCCGUGCCGGCCGGCAACACGGUCAAGUUCCGCUGCCCUGCCACAGGCAGCCCCUUACCCACUAUCCGCUGGCUGAAGAAUGGCCGUGAGUUCCGGGGCGAGCACCGCAUCGGGGGCAUCAAGCUUCGUCACCAGCACUGGAGCCUGGUCAUGGAGAGUGUGGUUCCGUCAGAUCGGGGCAACUACACGUGUGUCGUGGAGAACAAGUUCGGCUCCAUCACCCACAGCUACCUGCUGGAUGUGCUUGAGCGCUCCCCACAUCGGCCUAUCCUGCAGGCUGGACUGCCCGCCAACAUCACCGCUGUGGUGGGGGGUGAUGCCCAGUUCCUCUGUAAGGUGUACAGUGAUGCCCAGCCCCACAUCCAGUGGCUCAAGCACAUUGAGAAGAAUGGCAGCCGAUAUGGCCCAGAUGGCAUCCCUUACGUUCAAGUCCUCAAGACUGGGAGCUUGAACAUGUCCGAGGUGGAGGUCCUGUAUCUGACCAACAUCACUAUGGAGGAUGCAGGAGAGUACACAUGCUUGGCUGGCAACUCCAUCGGAUUCUCCUACCAGUCUGCAUGGCUUACGGUCCUCUCUGAGGAGGAAGUGGCAGAUGAAGUGGAGAAGAUGGAGACCAAGUACACGGACAUCAUCAUCUAUGCAUCGGGUGUCCUGGCUCUGGUGAUGGCCAUCAUCAUCGUGGUUCUUUGCCGUAUGCAGGUCCACCCAAGCCGAGAACCGUUCGACGUUCUACCAGUUCAGAAGCUCUCCAAGUUCCCUCUUCGUAGACAGUACUCUGUGGAGUCCAACUCAUCAGGGAAGUCCAGUGCCUCUUUGAUGAGGGUGGCCAGGCUGUCGUCCAGCUGCUCCCCGAUGCUGGCUGGAGUCAUGGAGUUUGAGCUCCCCUAUGACCCAGACUGGGAGUACCCCAGGGAGAACUUGACCUUGGGGAAACCACUGGGUGAAGGCUGCUUUGGUCAGGUGGUGAGAGCAGAUGCUUUUGGCAUCAACAAAGAGAAUCCAGAGCAGGUGUCCACUGUGGCUGUCAAGAUGCUGAAAGAUGAUGCCACGGACAAAGACCUGGCCGACCUGAUCUCCGAGAUGGAGCUCAUGAAGGGCAUGGGCAAACACAAGAACAUCAUCAACCUUCUGGGAGUCUGCACACAAGAUGGUCCUCUGUAUGUUCUGGUGGAGUAUGCUUCAAAGGGCAGUCUGAGGGAGUACCUGCGAGCUCGCCGCCCGCCUGGAAUGGACUACACCUUUGACGUGACCAAAGUCCCUGAGGAGCAGCUCACAUUCAAGGACCUGCUCUCCUGUGCCUAUCAGGUGGCCCGUGGCAUGGAGUACCUGGCUUCCAAUAGGUGCAUCCACAGGGACUUGGCCGCAAGGAACGUCUUGGUGACCGAAGACAAUGUCAUGAAAAUCGCCGACUUCGGCCUGGCCCGGGGAGUUCACCAGAUCGACUACUACAAGAAAACAACCAACGGACGACUGCCAGUGAAAUGGAUGGCGCCAGAGGCCUUGUUUGACAGAGUCUACACACACCAGAGUGAUGUCUGGUCUUUUGGAGUCCUAAUGUGGGAGAUUUUCACUCUGGGUGGCUCUCCUUAUCCUGGGAUUCCUGUGGAGGAACUUUUCAAGCUCUUGAAGGAAGGCCAUCGCAUGGACAAGCCCUCCAACUGCACACAUGAACUGUACAUGAAGAUGAGAGAGUGCUGGCAUGCCGUUCCCACACAAAGACCCACCUUCAAACAGCUGGUAGAGGAGCUGGACAGACUUCUACUGUCCAUUUCAGAUGAGUACUUGGAUUUGUCCACCCCAUUUGAGCAGUACUCUCCAUCUUGUGAGGACACCUCCAGCUCUUGUUCAUCGGACAAUGAUUCAGUCUUUACCCAUGAUGCCAUCUCCACUGACCCUUGUCUCCUCGGCUAUCACAACGUCCGAUCUCGGAGAGACCUAUAGGCAGCGGAAAGGCACAGCUUGACCUCGGUGUUGGACUCUUUUUGGCACUAGUUGCUCGGACGGAACAUGAUGUCGCAUUGAACAUGAUUGCACGAGAAAACAGCGGUACUCAGAGGUUGACAUCUCUGCCUUACAGCCCAAGAACAUUAUUGCGAUGCUUGGCACUACAGUAAGAAAAGCAACAAUCAAAUGAAAAUGGCUGCUUCAAACGUACAGGUUUCAUUUCUUUUCAGCCUGGUUGCAUUCAUGAAGAGGCUGGUUGGAGAUAAGCGUGUAAGAACUCCCCUGAAGUAUCUGAACAGUAUUGAAAACUGGAGUGUUUUACAAAUUAAGAAAAGAACAUUUAUUUUGAUAUUAAAGAGAAAAGCAUUGUUAAAUAUAAAUUUCUCUCUAUAUAAAAUUAUUUUACAUUUUGCUAUUUAAAGAAAAGAAAAACAGCUGUCUUAAAUCUCAGGAAAUCAUGUGUUAAUUUGCUGUAGUGACAGCAAUACAGUGCCUGAUUUUUAGAUUUCCUGUAAAUAUAUUAAAAUAUUAUAUGUACAUAUCUCACAAAAAAAGACAAUUACUUUUAUAACUUAUUCUAAAUGAUAUGAAGUGAAGGUCUUGCGCUGGUGAAGACCAAUGAGGUAAUUCUGCUUUGAGAGGACAAAAGAAGACUAUUACUUUUCUUUUUUUAAAUAUUCGUUGUUGUAUGCCACUCACAUCAUUGUACGCAUCGCCUGAGCCAAUCCUGCCAGGACCAUAUCUGCUAAGCUGUCUUGGUAGUUUCUCAUGCCACUCCAUCUGCCUGGAGUGGACAAGUGGCUGCCAAACGCAAAACAAAAGACUGGCCUCACAGAGUCUAACACAAUCUAACACAUUGGACACAUCUUGGGAGACAAGCGAAGCCUCUACUGUCAGCACUGUAAAAAAAGAAAGAAAUUGACUCAGAGUGAAUGUGGUGGAAAACAUUGGUGGUGGUGGUUGGGGGCGGGGAGUGUAGAGACAUGGGACAGUGUUGAGGGGCUGAAGUGAAGCAGUUGUCCAUUGUCUCCUCAGACCCCCCCCCCCCUUUUUUUUUACCCCACUUCAGCUUGUUUGUAGCCUCCAAGUACAGGCCAGCGUAGCACAAUGGGACCAAGGCCCCUCUAAUGGCUGUAGCUGUGUCCACAGUUGAGAUGGCAGGGGGUGGAGGAGGGGAGGGAGGCGGCACACAAGAGAGAGAGAGGGAGGGAGAUAGCCAAGGGUUGGGAGGGCAGCUUCUCCUACAGCUUGUGUGCAAAUGAGGUGCCCUUAUUAUGUAAAUGCAUCCAGCUGCCCCAUCUUUAUCCCUGCCCCAUCUUUUUAAUAUACAAUGCUAAUGUUUUAACAGGGGGUUGGUCAAGCCUCCCUUUUUUAUGGGUGAACCCCUGGCAGUGUCCUUCAGGGGGAUCAUGGCCAGACCUCUGGGAGCUGAUAAGAAUCCAGUGCUUUGCAUUUUUUUUGUUUUCGCCCCCGCCCCCCCCUUUUUUUUUUCUCAAGUUAA